AUGGCGGCACCGCGGCAAAUCCCCAGCCACACAGUGCCCAGCAAGCCCAGCUGCUUUACAAACUCGUCGUUCACCCGGACGCCGGUGCCUACCGUGUCUCUCGCGUCCCGCGAGCUGCCUGUCUCGUGGCAGGUCGCCGAGCCGUCGAGCAAGAAUCUGUGGGAGCAGAUCUGCGCGGAGUAUGAAGCUGAGCAGCCUCCCUUUCCAGAAGGAUAUAAAGUCAAACAGGAGGCUGUGAUUACAGUUGCGCCAGUAGAGGAAAUGCUUUUUCAUGGCUUCAGUGCAGAGCACUGUUUUCCGGUUUCCCAUUUCACCAUGAUCUCACAUACACCCUGUCCUCAAGAUAAAUCGGAAACAAUCAACCCAAAAACAUGUUCUCCCAAAGAAUAUUUGGAAACUUUCAUCUUUCCUGUUCUGCUUCCCGGAAUGGCUAGCCUGCUUCACCAAGCGAAGAAAGAAAAAUGUUUUGAGAGGAAAAGAACCAAAUUCAUUGCCUGUGAUUUUCUGACCGAGUGGUUAUACAACCAAAAUCCAAAGAGGGCAGGGGAGCCAUUCACAGAAUUUUUCUCCAUUCCAUUUGUGGAGGAGCGGCUAAAGCAACAGGUCUUACUCUGUUGCUCGGGCUGGAGUGCAGCGAUACGAUCUUGGCUCACUGCAACCUCUGCCUCAUGGGCUCAAGCCAGCCUCCCAAGUAGCUGGGAUUACAGCCCACGGCCGCCAAUCCCACUCUCGCUCCUGCUGACAGAAGAGGAAGCAGCCCUCUACAUUCAAUCCUUCUGGAGAGCCUGUGUGGUUCGCUGUGAUCCUGAGAUUCAAGAACUGCGUCAGUGGCAGAAGAAACUUCGCGAGGCCAAGCACAUUCACCAGCGAGUCAAAAUUUUCUGGGCCAAGCAAGAACAAAAAGUGAAAUGCCAAAUGGAGGACGAUGCAGUACCUGCAGCCAAGAUGAAAAUUCCAUCAUCUUAACCAUAGCUAAGAUGUAUCUUUGCCCAUUCGAGCACAAGUUACCUUGUGCAAGGAAAAUGUCCAAAUGAUGCUCUCUCUCUUGUGAUUUCUUUAACAAGACUUGGAACAUGUGAAAAUGGAAUCUUUUCUGUACAAGAUAGGAUUCGUUGCAAACAAGCUUUAAUGCAAAUAGUUUAGAAAAGAAAGGACCAGUCUCCACUUUCUGCAUUAUCCCCACGUUUUAUUCAUUCAUCCAGAUUACUUCUUCAGUGCCUCAGGAGUAUUCUUCUACACCAGCUGCUGUUAAAAUGUACAAUGAACUCUAGUCCCAAGGAAUACAGAAGUGCUUUUAUUACCAGUUUUCCCACUUGUGGCCGCCUUUGCAAAGAUCCAUAUUCUAAUUUAAGUCCCCAACCUCUGAAUUUGGUUUUAAGUUUACCUAGUGACUGACUACUCUCUUUAUAAAAAAGACCUUAUACUUAAUGAUCAUUUCCAAAGGAGACCACUCCUUAACUUUUACUGCAAACCCAACAAGAUGAGACACUUAAACCCAGACAGAUGUAACAAAGGAUUUUUGUUGUCUAAGUCCCAAAGUAUUAUAUAGAAAGUUCCUGCUUUUAUGGGUAAACUUAUUACCUUAAUAUGUUCUGUGGUUUGCUGUUAACCAAGAUUCUCCCAUUUAAAAUGCCACAGACCGAGCCUCAAGGCAGAUCCGAAAGCCUAGUAGUUAUUUGCAUUGGGUUGUUUUGACAAGCUACCACACGUCUUAAGUAAAUAGUAAAGCCUUUAUUUUUGUGUUAAGAACAGCAUUUUGAAAAUAAAACCUAUCUGCCCAUGCUUUACAA